AGCGAACUGUCAGACGGGAGAGAUAAGGAAAGAGAGAACGGGUGGAAAGAGCACAAAAACGCUGCCGUUUUGACGUCCCUCUUCGCUCCACUUCACACGAUGAGCUUAUCUUCUCCGACCAGUAUGUGUUGCUGUCUCGGCUGGAGCUCUUCCUCCUCCGUACAACUAGGGUUUCUUCCCGCCAGAUUUUUUCGCGUUUCUUCCAGACCAACCAAAAGAUUUCAUUUCAAAUGCUCUUCUUCGGUUCCUGAUUCUGGUUCAGAUCCACUCUUGGUUAAGGCUGCAAGAGGGGACCCUGUUACUCGGCCUCCAGCAUGGAUGAUGCGCCAAGCCGGAAGGUACAUGGCUGUUUACAGAAAGCUUGCGGAGAAAUACCCAUCCUUCAGACAGAGGUCAGAGACAACUGAUCUCAUUGUGGAAAUUUCUUUGCAGCCUUGGGAAGCUUUCCACCCUGAUGGUGUUAUCAUUUUCUCCGACAUACUUACACCUUUACCUGCAUUUGGUGUCCCAUUUGACAUAGAGGAAGUGAGGGGCCCUGUUAUUCAUUCUCCAAUUCGCUCUGAAGAAGGCUUGAAAGUAUUGCAUCCCAUAGACUUAAAGAAGCUUCAUUUUGUGGGAGAAUCACUAAGAAUUUUGCGGCAGGAGGUGGGGGGACAAGCUGCUGUUCUGGGUUUUGUGGGAGCACCUUGGACAAUUGGGACAUAUAUAGUAGAAGGCGGUACAACUCGAACAUAUACGAUCAUAAAAAGCAUGUGUCAUACAGCACCAAAUGUAUUGAGGGCUCUUCUUUCUCAUUUAACACAGGCAAUAUCUGAAUACAUUGUUUUCCAAGUUGAAUCCGGGGCCCACUGUAUACAAAUAUUUGAUUCUUGGGGUGGUCAACUACCGCCUGAUAUGUGGGAGUGCUGGUCAAAACCUUAUAUUGAAGAGAUGGUGAGUGUUGUAAGGAAAAGGUGCCCUGGAACUCCAAUUGUUCUAUACAUUAAUGGAAAUGGUGGUCUUCUUGAGCGAAUGAAAGGAACUGGGGUCGAUGUGAUUGGACUUGACUGGACAGUGGAUAUGGCUGAUGGAAGAAAGCGAUUGGGGAGUGGAAUCAGUAUACAGGGAAAUGUGGAUCCUGCUUUUUUAUUUUCUCCUCUUCCUGCCUUGACUAAUGAAAUUCAAAGGGUUGUGAGGUGUGCAGGACCAAGGGGCCACAUUCUUAAUUUAGGUCACGGCGUUCUUGUUGGGACACCUGAAGAAGCUGUUGCACAUUUCUUUGAAGUUGCAAGAAACUUGAACCUUAGUACACUGCUUGAAGACAAUGCAGUGGAGGAACCUAAAUUGGCUGUUUGAGGGCAGAAAAUUGGUUAAGCAAAAGUUAGUAAUUUUGUCUUACAAAUCGGCUGUUAGUUUGGAGUUUGCAUCUUAUUCCCACAGCAUGACUGUGUGAUCUCACUUUAGCAAGGUUGAUUAUAGCUCUGAGGUUCUGUACAUGCCUGUGGGUGAGCUAAAUAUUCUCAUUCAAUUGUAUGUGUAAUAAAAAAAAUCUCUGAGAUGAAUCAAUAAAUUGAUUCUUGUUGUUUAUUUA